AUGAGCGAUCCAUUUUCAAUUGUCACCGGGGUUGCUGGCCUCAUAGCGCUGGCAGGCGAAGUGAUCAGCAAAUGCUAUCGAUAUGGCUGCGCGGUUUCCGGCGCCCCAGACGAAGCCAAGCGGCUUGUGACCGAAGUCACUGGGCUCAGUGGUAUCCUCGUGGGUGUCCAAGUCCUGGUCAAUCAGAGCAGUCUCCCAGAAUAUCAGCUGGAACAUCCCCUGAGGAACUGUUUGGCGGUUCUGCAAACUCUGUCGUUGAAGUUGCAAAAGUACUCGUUAGAUUCGAGCCACUCAUCUGGAAAACGCGCAAUCAAUCGGCUACUGUGGCCGCUCCGCAGAAGUGACACAGAAGAACUCAUCACGGCGAUCGAGCGGCACAAGAACUCGCUGUCGCUAUCCCUCAGCUCGCUUUCAGUGGAAGCUCUCAUGAGCCAAAGCACCACCAUCCAAGACAUCUCGGACGGUCUUGCGGAUCUAUCAGUGACCGUCGUGUCCAGCCACGCAGCACAGCAACGCCGAGAUAUCCUGGACUGGCUUUCUGAACACCAAUAUGAGGCGCAAUAUCAUCGCAGCUAUCAACUCCACUGCUCGGACACGUGUCGUUGGCUUUUAGCUGAGCCUGCAUUUCUCGAUUGGUCGAAAGCUAGGUCUUCUCUCCUGUGGAUGCAUGGUCAAGUGGGCACCGGUAAGACGAUUGCCACGAGUUAUCUCAUCCAUCACUUGAUCACCACGAAAUGUGGUGAUUCGCUGCUUGGAUACUUCUACUAUGAUGCCAGUACGAUGGAGAGCCUGACGCCGGAGAGUUUCUUCGGCGCUAUCGUCAAGCAAUUCUGCUCGGACCUUCCUGAACUUCCCGCAGAGAUUGUCGAUGCAUAUAUGCGAGCUUCCAGUCGUGCCGGAAGCCCAACACGAGCAAGCCUAGACGACCUCAAGUCUUUUCUGCGUUCGCUCCUCGAGAGUCAUGACUCCGCCACCAUCGUGGUCGACGGCCUGGAUGAGUCUCCCAACUACGCCACCGUGUGCGACUUCCUGACCUCGACCGUCUUGGCCGGGAAAUAUGCCUUGCGAGUCUUCAUCAGCAGCCGCCCAGAGCUGCAUCUUCGGCAGCGAUUUCGUGGAUUCAAGGAGAUCCCAGUCCCCGAAGUCGCGGUCGAGGAGGACAUCAGUGUCUACAUCAAGAUGAGAAUCAACACCAACCCACGGCUCCGGCGUAUGAGCGACAGGAUGAAACACUACGUGGAGAUGACCCUCCGAGCAGAUUCUCAUGGCAUGUUCCGCUGGGUGCAAUGCCAAUUAGACGAGAUAUCACGGCUGAGGACUGACGCGGCACUGAAAAGGGCCCUCAAUCACCUGCCGUCCAGCCUUGAAGGCUCCUACCUGAGAAUUCUAAACAACAUCGCCCCAGAAGAUGUUACUUUUGCUAAAAGGGCUCUACUGUGGCUCGCUCACGCCUCGACACCGCUGAGCCUGACCGAGCUUGCAGAAGCCGUGGUUCUGGAGCCGGGGUUUUACUUCUUGGAUCCGGACUCGAAACUGAACGAUCCCAGCGACGUGAUUGACAUCUGCCGCAGCCUGAUCGCGUUCAAUCCGCUGUCCCAAACUGCUCGUAUCGCUCAUCACUCGGUGCGCGAGUUCCUCACGGAACGGGUGAAUGACCUUUCCGAAUUCUACAUCCCAGCUCAGACGUCGCACCGGACCAUAGCCGAGGCGUGUCUUUCGUAUCUGCUGCUUGACGACUUUGCGGCCGGGCCGUUAUACCGGGAAGACUUUGCGCGGACGCUCUCCAAAUUCCCGCUUCUGAGGUACGCCGCGCAGAAUUGGCCGUUCCACGUAGGGAUGUCCGGCGCGGAGGCCGAAUUGCUCCCUCUCAUCGGCAAGCUGAUGACCACCAAGGCGAACCCCAAGUUCUUCUUCUGGCUCCAAGUUGUCCUUUUCGAUUCCAGACACGGCUAUCUCACGCCCGGUGCGGAGCUCGAAGACGCCAGACCUCUGUAUUACGCCGCAUCUUAUGGUCUGACAGAGACGGUCAGGAGUCUAGUGCAGGCCGGCGCCGAACUUGACGAAUGCGCCGGACGAUAUGGUGGGACAGCUUUACAUGCCGCGGUAUGGCGAAAACGGCCAGAGAUACUUGACAUUCUGCUUGACGCUGGGGCCGACCCGACCAUCAAAGACUACAAUGGAGCGUCCCCGGCAGAUCUAUCUAUAUGGAGUGGAGCAAGGGCAUUGUAUCUACGCAUCUCGGAGCGCGAUCCUGACCGUGUUAGUAAGAAAGGUCUUGCGCCGUUGAUUGCAGCGAUUCUGAGAGUAAGGGAGAAGGAACUCUCCUGUACAGACUCAAAGCUCGAAGUUCAAGACACUGCCGAGGCGAAGGAGGUGGCCUCCCUGGUCAUGAGCCAGCCUGAGGGUGUGAUUGAAAAGCUGAAACAAGAGCAAGGCUUUGAGCAUGGUCAGACGACGCUUCAUUUCCCGGCAGUACGCAAGGAAGCUUAUGCUUUGGCGAGGUUACUUAGUGGUGGCGAUGGCAGCACAGGGAUAGACGGAGCCGACAACACCAAGGACAGUCCUCUUCCAUCUGCUCGUAUAGCUGGUGAUGCUGGGUCUUGGAAGGCUGCAAAGUUAGAUUUCAAUCCUGAAAACGACCAGGGCCGAGAAGGGAAGAGUUGA